ACGAGAUUCAAAGUUGGCAGCAACGUCUCUGUAGAGAUCUUUAUAUAUGUCAAUGGUAGAUACUCUGCUAGCGUAAACUUGCUUGUUUUUAUCCGCAGCUGAAGCUUUAACAAGCCUAUAGAAUAUAUAUUUCUCCAUGUUUUCAUACGAGUGAAGUGGGUUUUCACUAUCAGAAUGGACGGUAAAGUCAUCGGAACGGGUCCAUACAGGGCGACCAAGCUGCGAGUACAGCUCCCAAUCACAGAUGUUGAUUCGCACAGGACUAAUAUUAUCACACAACAUCUGUGCGAAGUAUGUGGAAUGAAACCAUUAAACUCUUCCGUGGAGGCAUGCCGCUGAGAAGGCACUGGGCGCACUUCCGCUACUACGAUUGCAGUUUCGCCGGAUCCGAGGCUGUGGAUUAUCUGCAUGAGCUGCUGAGGCGCAACUACAACUUUGGCCCCGAGGUGACUCGUUACCAGACUCUGCAGCUGCUCAGGAAGUUCCUCAAGGCCCAUGUCAUAGAAGACAUCAAGGGACGCCAUGGGUCAGAGGACUUUGAAGACAACAGCCAUCUGUACAGGUUCCCCUCCUCGUCCCCCCUCAAGUCUUUUCCAACAAGACCUCCGUUGAGAGACAGCACUGACCUUCCCAGACUCAUUCGCUGGGACGACUACGAAGAAUUGCCUCAGCGGGAAAACAUUCCACCCCUGAAGUCUGCUGUCAUGACCUCAGAUUUGUGGAAUAAAAGGCACAGUGUGGCUAUUGGGGAUGUGCAUGAAUGCAAGCUCAUACGAAGGAAGGAGAUGACUCCAAAACAAGUGGACCACAUCUGGAAGUCGAUGACGAUUGCGCAUUUACAGAGAGUGUUUGGCCUAACGUCAUUGGAUGGAGUUUUAAACCCAACGCAUGUGAACGGCAAGCACAUUGUUCACAAUGUGUUCAGCGUUAAUAAGACGGGCAUAGUCAUAUUGGAGAACAAAGCCGAGGACAUGCCAUAUUGGGUGGUAUCAGCAAUGAAAUGCCUCGCCAAUUGGCCUAAUGGCAAUGAAAGCAAACAGCCGGUGUACCCUGGUUUCGAGAGGGAUGUUCUGAAAACAGUGGCCGAUUACUUUCAGAGACUCAAAGAACCCCUGCUGACUUUUCAUCUAUAUGAAGUCUUUGUCAACAUUCUCAGUCUGCUGCAGGAGCAGGAGGUUGCCACUGAGGCUCUUCAGUUCAGCUGUCUCUUACUGCCGCCGCCCAACCGAAGACGCCUCCAGCUGUUACUGCGUCUCGUGGCCCGGGUCUGCCAGAAUCCCCACCUGCCUCCACUCAACGACACCAUUGCUACCCGCACACUGAUGGUGCAGAUGUUCGCGCACUGCGUUCUGGGCUCAGUGGAUGAGAUGGACCUGGAUGAGCUGCUUGCCACCAAAUUGGUGACCUUCAUGAUGGAGCACCACAACACCAUCUUCCAAGUUCCUUCCAAGCUGCGUCGCCAGGUCGAGGAGCACCUGUCCCACCUCAAAAGAGUUCAAAUCAAAUACGCAGGUUCCGACACAGACUUCAGUGCAUCUCCAGCAUUCUGUAAACAGAUUAGCAGGGUGGAGUCCGAGGAGCAGAAGGCGAUAGGAACCCAGACCCCCCUGCAGGCACUGCUGGAAGGCCUGAUAGCAGACAAAGAACUGCCUGCCAAGGACAAGAGGAAAAGGCUUAAACAGUUCCAGAGGUCCUACCCAGAGGUCUACCGCCAUCGAUUUCCCACUGAGGAAAGCAAGGCUGCUGUAGUACCUGAGAAAACCCCACGACUCAAACCUCACCUCAUGUUUUUUAACCUCAAGAAGCCCUUCCAGCCCUUUCAGAGGAGCUGGAGUUUUAGGGCAUGAUCUGUCCCCACUGACACAUUUCAGGCUACACUUCAGGCUGUAAACACAUCUCGAGCUCAGCGUUGUGAGACUAGGAGCUGGAAUGGUGCUCUGCCAACACACCGUUAACAACUUGCGAUUAAUGUUUAAAAAUAACGACUUGGACUUUGUAGCACUGUUAAACUAAGAUAAUAAUUUAAAGGGUCAGUUCACGCAAUGAUAAUAAUAUUGGUAAUAAUGGCAUUCCCACUGACUCCUAGUCGUAUCUAGCCAGAUAGCUUGAUUUAGUUGCAAAACAUUAGCAACUAUUUUCAAACUGCAAACAAUGACUGGAUAGCUGAAUUGACCCUUUGUAACAAAUACAUGUUUUACUGUGUUGAUCGAAAACUUUAACUUAGUAUAGAAAACACAGACGCACUAACACUUAAAGAACCACAGAUGUUUCUUAAAAUGAAAUUGUGUAUUGGUACAUUUUUCUACUAAGAUAUUAUGCUAGAAAGAUCUUCUAAGCACACACUGGCUCUGUAACUACAUUGCAUUUCAAAAAUAGGUCAUUAGGUGAUAAACAAUUUUAGGUUGUGAAAAGUUAAUGAUAGAUAGAUAGAUAGAUAGAUAGUAUAGUUUUGUACUAUAACAGAAAUAUUCAGGUGCAUUUCUUGGUAUUACUUAGCCUUAAAACUGAUUGUGAUAUUAUGAGAUGGACUCUUGCAAGGCAACGAUGCAUUUCAUUUUGAUGAAUACUUGCUGAUGGAAUGGUCAUUAUGAUCUUGGCAACUCAGAGCCUUUUUUGUUUUUUACUUUAUCAGUUAAACAGUUACUUUAUGUCAACGAACAUAUCAAGGGUUAUCUAAGAAAGGGAGUGAAUGUGACGUGUUACAUAACUGAGAUGCUGUAGUAGGGAAAAAAAACAGUAACCCUUUACUUGAAGGUAUCUACAUAAGAGUGACAUGACAGUGUCAUAAACACAUGACACUGUCAUGACACAUCAAACCUAACCUAAUGACAGAAGCAUUUCAUCAUAAAUGUUUAUGACUUGUUUAUAAUGUUUAUGACAUGUUCAUGACGGUGUCCUGUCACUCUUAUGUAGAUACCUUCAAGUAAAGUGUAACCAAAAAAACAAAUAGUCCUUCCUCUCUAACCCCCUACUUGCACCAUACUUGACUGGUCCUGCUUCAUCUGCACUCUUAAAAAGACUCAUUUCAUGUUUGUACCGUACUUAUUUUAUUGUGUGUAUAUAAGAACUCUUGAUUGGUACAUAUUUCAAUGUCUCAAAUACUCUUCCUACACUGUUUUCAAUGUCUUUUUGUCAUUUUCUAUUCGCUGCUGUUCUGUCAUGUCAAUCAGGUUGUUUUUGACUUAAUUUGAGACUUAAAUUGUUGUUUUUAGAAUGAUUAAGUGCUGAUAUUCCUAUAUGGAUUUUCAUUAAUGCUCUUGAACAAAUGUAAUAAUGCUGGAAUAACUGUUACACUUGAAUUGCUGCUCCUCGCCGGGAAGAAUUGACUGGUUAAUGAUGCUGAUUUCCCUAUAAACAUUGUAAUUGGUAAA